AUGGUGAAAACCCACGAUUCAAGGUCAUCUUCGGCCAUCAUUUGGAACACCAUGGACUGCCUCGAACAAUCAUCAUUGGCACAUCUCCGGCAAGAAUACCAACUUCCAUGGUUUCCUAUCGGUCCUCUGCACAGAACUAUUCCAGCCCCCUCCAUCAGCUUAUUGAAAGAGGACCAGAAUUGCAUUUCAUGGAUGGACAAACAAUCACACAACUCUGUCAUCCAUGCAAGCGUGGGAAGCAUAGCCUUCUUGGACAGUAAAGAACUAGCAGAAAUGGUGUGGGGUCUGGUCAACAGUGAGCACCCUUUCUUGUGGGUGGUUCGAACCAACUCCAUAUCAUUGCCAGAAAGUUUCCAAGAAACUGUUGGAGAAAGGGGUUGCAUAACGAAAUGGGCACCCCAAAAGCAGGUCUUGGCACACAGCGCAGUUGGAGGGUUUUGGAGCCAUUGCGGUUGGAACUCAACCAUUGAAAGCAUCUCUGAAGAAGUUCCAACGAUAUGCCAACCAUAUUUUGGGGACCAAAGAGUGAACUCAAGGUACUUGAGCCAAGUAUGGGGUGUAGGGUUGGAAUGGGAGAAUGACAUGAACAGAGGACCAAUAGAGGAAGCUAUAAGAAUGCUUAUGGUGGGCAAAGAAGGGGAAGUGAUAAGGCAAAGAACAAAAGAUUUGAAGGUGAAAAUCGAACUUUCUAUGAAGCAAGCCGGUUCUUCCUACAAUUCCUUGAAUGAAUUGGUAGACCAAAUCUUGUCAUUCUAA